AUGGUUAAGUUCAGAAAUCACACACUUGAUUUAGGCUAUCCGAUCUACGGAGCAAAGUUUGUCAGUGACAGAAUUUUGGUUGUUGCAGGAGGUGGGGGAGAAGGAAACAAUGGUAUACCCAAUAAAAUCACAGCCCUUCUGAUUCAGCCACAGAACCCCAAGAAGCCCAUCAAACGGUACAGGGAACUGGUUUUGAAUGAAAAAGAGGAUUGUCCGAUGUCCCUGGAUGCGAAUAGUAACCAAAUAUUAGUUGGAAUCAACGAAAAUUCUGAGUCAAUCAGGCGAGGAGUGAACAAACACCUGAGGAAGUUCAAGUAUCAUAAUGAUCACUUGAAAUUUGUUGAAAGUUGCCAAAUUCAUCCUGGAAAUAAUCCCCAGCAUUAUCAAAAACUGACUAAAGUGACUAAGGAUGCUACGAUGGGCAUUAUCGCAAUGAGCGAUGAACCUUCAUCUUUAUAUAUCGUAGAUAUGUCGGGUGAUCUAGAGGAAAAAUUCAAAAUCGUGACUGUUGGCGAUGUGAAGGACAUCAGCAUUUCCCCUGACGGCAAAAUGAUGUGUUAUGUCACAUCGAGUCAUUUUGAAGCAAUAUCAACAGUGACUGGGAGGUCUAUCUUUAAGAGCAAGGUUAACUUCUCGAUGUCAAAGAUAGAAUUUUAUGACAACAACAUGGUUAUAAUAGCUGGUUCUAGCAAGAAUGGAGUUGUGGUUGGUAAAUUCUCCAUUGCGAAAUCAGCAGUGACAAAAAGUACUAUCAUAGACAAAACUUUGAAAGGAAUAACGUCAAUGGAUACCAAUAAUCACUGCGGCUUGAUUGCUUUGGGAGGGUCUGAUUGUUCGGUCCUUUUAGUAAGAUCGCAGGAUUUGAAGUUGCUAAAAAAGCUUGAUAAAGUGCACGGUUUUGCAAUUACGAGGGUCGUUUUUUCAGAAAAUGGUGAUUAUUUGGCAUCAGUAUCAGCAGCGAAUACCGUGAAUAUCAUUGAAAUACCGUCAAAGCUGGCGGAGUCGAAACCAUUGUACUUGUCAUUGUUUCAAAUUAUCUCUUCAGUUAUCGUGGCAUCUUUGAUAGCUUUUGUGCUUCAAUACCUCUAUGUCAACGGAUAUAUUGAACAAAUUCAAACAAAAGCGGUUGAAUACUACAGGUCUAAACAGCUGACAGACUCAUCAGCUUAUUUCACAAUUCAGCCGAUUGCUUCAAGUGAGGUGUUUCUCAAAGGUCCGUCGUCCACUAUCACAGACAUGCCCAACUCUUAUAUAUCCACUUUACCUACAGAUAAGUGGGCAAUAGAUGCGCAUGAGAUCAGGGAACAACUGGAUACCGAACUGAGUGAGUAUACAUUUCCGAAACCAGUUGAAACGUUCGCAAACAAGGUGCAAACAGUUUGUAGUAACGUUACUAGGUCAGUGGAAACUAACGGCCACCAGAGACGGAUAGUGUCGAGAGAUGAACCUAGAAUCUUGGAAUAUCAAAGCGAGGAAUUUCUUACAACAUCUGGCAAAAGUAAAUCAAGCACUGAAAUUCAAGAAAGUACCAAAACAUUGACAGUUUUUGAGACUGUCGUAGAAACCCAAACUUCUUUAAUCUCAAGCACUCAAAUAUCCACCACUAUUGCUACUGUCUUAACUACUGAGGUGAAAAUGAAAACUGAAACUGUCUACUUGACGUUCGGCUUGCACGGUUUCUCAAAUCCAACUAAUUCUUCAACACACAGUUCAACUUUGAUGACUCUUCAUGAUGCACCUCAUAAGUCAAAAAAUCAAAAUGAAGGAGUGUCUCACAAUCCGUCUCCAUCAUUCUAUAAAAAUGUCAGUAGUAUUUGGAACGUUGAGAGAUCAGAGGAGAGAUUUGAUACUAUCGUGUCCGAUGAAAAUUGUGAAGAUCCGCAGAUAGUUCUGAAUAGUACUGGGUUACAAAAGCAAUCUGCUCAGCCAGAUGUUCAUAGCCUGAAUCUCGUUUCCCAUGAAGGACAAAGUUGCGAAGACCAAAAUAGAACUCAAUCGGCUAUAAAUGACCAUGAUAUGGGCAUGAUUCAUGAGGAAACUAUGGGGCCCAGAUUGGCUAGUUCGAUGGGUCCGGAAAUAACUGCAGAUGUGAAACAUUCCACGAAUUGUGCGUUUAGUAAACCCAAAGACUACCUUGGGUCUUUACAAGAGCCGGGACAACUAAAUUCAUUAUUUGCUUCACCGACAAAUAUGCCAAAGAAUGGCGAAGAACGUCAGGUAGAACUGGAAAUUUCCCAAAGACCCUAUACACUAGAUUCUGUAUUACCCAAGGCUUUCGAAAAAGAGGAUUCUGCGAUUCAGCAUCGAACGACUUCCAAACUUGAGCAUUUUGAAUUGUGA